AGCUGAGCUCUUCUCCCGAGGAUGACGUGAUGUGCAGGAUGAGGCCACACCUCCUGCGAAGGGGAAUAAAAGCCGCGGGCGGCAGCACUGGGGCAGAGCAUUCCCAACUCACUGGAGAAGGGACAGCGACAGCAGCAGAACCAGCACCAGCACCAGAACCAGCACCAGCAGCGAUGUUUUGCCGAAUGCACCUCGCACCGUUCGCCUCCAGCUCCCUGGCCACCCGGCUGGGCACAGUGAGGACCCUCUGGCCCCACGCAGAGACCAUCUUCACGGAGCUGCAGCAGGAGAUGGAGAAAGCUCGGGAGUUCAUGAGCAGCUUCGAGCAGCUCCUGAACAGCCAAGGAGCCGCUGCCAUAGAGCGAGCCCCGAGCACCAGCACAGCCCUGACCCAGGGCUCCGGGGAGGGCUUCUCCAUCUGCCAGGACGUCAAGAACUUCACUCCCGAGCAGCUGUCGGUGAAGGUGGUGGGCAGGAAGGUGGUGCUGGUGGGGCAGAAGGAGACGCAGAACACGGAUGAGAAGGGCUCCUUCUCCUACAAGUACGAGGUGCUGAAGCGGGAGUGGGACGUGCCCGAGGAGGUGGACGCCGAGGCGCUGACGUGCUCCCUGUCCAAGGAGGGGCAGCUCCGCAUCGAGGCCCCCAGGCUGGCCCUGCCGGCUGCUCAGGAGAGGAACGUGCCCAUCCAGGUCAGCGCUGCAGCACCACAGCCCGGACCAGCCUCCGAGGACGGAGCCGCCAACAAAGCCCAGGCGUAACGGGAGAGGAACCGAUAGCCCGCGGCAGGACCGGAGGAGAUAGCAGCAAGUCUUGGGCUUUAGCCCAGACAAGCUCCAUCAGCAACAAUGUCAUUUUUUUCACUAUACUGGAAUGUUUUUGUAUCCAAUAAAAAUAAUUUUGCAUAGAA